UCUCCAGUUCUGUUCUCUGUAGUACCAGAUAGGCUCGUUUGCUAACAUUAUGUCUGCAACCUGCCCCAUGCAGCCAACACCAAUGUACGAUACCGGAUGCCUAGGUAGUGGGUAUUUUUGGGCACCCAAGUAGAAUCAAUAUAUAGGCGGCUUCUGCUACGAUGUUCUCCCCUAUCGCCAUUCCCUCGCUCCAAAUCGGUGAUGAAAAUGAAGGUAGCAUAUGGCUUCGCUUGUAUCGCUGGCGCACAUGCUGUACUGGCAACGAACAGUACAGCGGCUAGUCAAGCUGGGAUUGUUGUACCGAACGUUUACAUUGUUGAAUUUGCCAACGACAAUGUUAGCCCAAACACGUUCUACGCCUCUCUUUUGGGCGAGGGUGUGGAUCUCCAACAUCGAAUGGAUCUGAGUUUCCGCUUCUUCAAGGGUGUUUCAUUCCAAGUCAAGGCAUCAGGCUCGUCAUUUGGCCCGAACGAUUCAGACAUUAUCACGCAGAUCAAAGGAAGAGCUGAAGUAGCGUCGAUUUGGCCUGUACGAUCAUCGAAGCUCCAGAUGCCAAGAACACAGUCGCCUUCCGUUCCUGCAAGUAGGGAGGCACAGCACCUCAAGCGCCAGAAUCAAGCAGAAGACACUUUCUCACCACACGUUAUAACGCAGAUCGACAAACUCCAUAAUGAAGGGUUGACUGGAAAGGGUGUACAAGUCGCUAUCAUUGACAGUGGUGUUGACUACACGCAUCCGGCCCUGGGUGGCUGCUUCGGAGAGGGUUGCUUGGUAAGUAAAGGUUACGACUUUGUGGGCGAUAACUUCCGCCUGGGCAUCAAUGAGCCAGAACCAGACGAUGAUCCCAUGGAUGACUGCUUCGGCCAUGGUACUCACGUAGCCGGUACUGUAGCUGCGCAGCUCGAAAAGACUAAGUACGGGUUCUCGGGAGGCGCUCCGGGUGUUCAGAUUGCUGCGUACAGAAUCUGGAAUUGCAUAUCCACAACGACCGAUGAGAUUCAACUUGCUGCGUUUGGCCGCGCUGUAGAAGAUGGCGCCGAUAUCAUCUCCUAUUCCAACGGCUUCCAAAUAGGCUGGGCAGGACACGUACUUGCCGUUGUUGCAUCUCGCAUCGCGAAGUCAGGUAUCCAGUUUGCCAUAUCUGAAGGCAAUGACGGAGGGCUUGGGAUGUUUUAUUCAUCUUCGCCAGCCACUGGCUUUGAUGUGAUUGGCGUUGGAGCUGUAUCGAACACCAAGUUCCCCAUCCUCGUUCCAACAGGAUCGUAUAGUACCGCAAACUCCACUUCCACUAACUUCAGCAUUCUGGUUGGCGAACCAAGUUUCGCUUCUGAUGUGAAUCUACCAGUCUGGUCUGCUGUAGAUUCAAACAACGCUUGCAACCCUCUACCUAAUGGUACAGACCUCAGCGAGACUAUUGUGCUCCUACAGUUCCUGGAUGCACGGGCCACUAGAUGUUAUCCUCAGGAUCAAAGCACCAAUAUAGCAGCGGCAGGUGGCCGAUAUAUGCUGUACUAUGAUGGUUCAGGGAGCAAUCGGACCAUGAGGGAUGACCCAAUCGUCUGGGCUGAGGGAAUUGAGGGUGUAGCAAGAGUUGCGCCCUAUGUUGCGGAACAAUGGCUAUCUUCGCUCGCGCGAAAUUCGACUGUCACAGUCAAUAUCCCAGCCACCAAUAAUGCCACUAUCCACCUCGAAGAGCUCGAGAACAACGAGACUGGAGGGUUCCUUGCUAACUCAUUGACUAGCUGGGGUCCUAGCUGGGAGCUUGGUGUAAAGCCCAAUCUUGUCACACCAGGAGAGAACAUACUCAGCACAUAUUUGACCAGCGGCGGCAGUUAUCGAGUAAUGACUGGAACCAGCAUGUCUGCUCCACUUCUAGCAUCCGCUUUUGCACUACUCAAGGAAGCGCGAGGGAGCCUCGAUCCUUUACGCCUGCGUCAUAUCAUGACAACAACGUCGAAGCCAAUCGCUUGGCACGACGGCACUAAAGUACAUCCAGAUAUUCUCGCCCCAGUACCGCAGCAGGGUUCUGGCAUCAUCCAGACAUGGAACGCGGUUCACUCUACAGCCGAGCUAAGCGUCGAUAACAUCGCUUGGAAUGACACUGAUCAUUUUGUUGGGAACCGAACCUUCAGUAUCCUCAACACUGGAUCUAAAGACGCUGUUUUCGAGCUGAGUCACCGUAAAGCUGUGACUAUGUACACACUGCAGGAAACCUUUGGCAACGCUCUUCGUGUGUCUAGUUUUCCUAACCUCAUUGUCGAAGAUUGGGCGGAUAUACAUUUGAGCUCUCGCGAAGUCUCCGUCCCUGCUGGUCAAUCUGUUGAAGUGACAGUCGGCUGUACACCGCCAGCCUCGGUAAACGUAACGCUUCUCCCUGUUUACAGCGGCUACAUCAGCGUCAGCGAUACGUCCUCCAAUAUCACGCUCGUUCUCCCUUACCUAGGCGUGGCUGGCAGCAUGCGUUCUACUCCGGUCACCAUGCCCUCGCUUGUUUACCUUGCGCGAUACAACAGCCCAAUCGACGCAGGCACCAAUUACACCAUAGUCAGACCCGACCCGGCAAACCCUCCGGCGCCCGACACAGGAAAUGAAGGCUCCCAGCCAAAUGUGUAUAUGGAGCUCCUCAUCGGAAGCGCCCUAGUUCACAUCGAUGUGUUCAGAGGCAAGGAAGAGUUAGGUAGUUUGGCGGGAUCACCUCAGGUCUACCUACCAAGAGGCGCUUCGAGGAUUUUCUUCAAUGGCCUACUAGCGAACGGGACGGUGUUGGAAGAAGGAAGUUAUAGUUUGAGAGUGAAAGCACUGAGGAUCUUUGGAGACGAGGACAAGGAAGAAGAUUGGGAUAUUGUGAAGACAGUGGAGUUUGGCUUUAAGUACGCGUCGUAAAGACUGUUUAGAGGGUUAAGGAAUAUCAAUCAAGCCAGGCCCAACUCAAAUACGAUCUCUCUCUCGUGAAGGGGUGAAAGGUUGGAUUUUACGAAACACUUUUACUAAUGGUCAGAAAAGACGGACUUCGGCACAUGGGUGACGCAUGACGAACACAGAGAAGCGUGCACGUCUACAGCUACCCUUUGACCCAAACGCAAAAAGCCAUCCCAAUAUCAAUCGCAUCAUCGUAAUGUCGAGCGUCAUCGUUUUCGGUGCUGCAGGCGUAGUCGCAGGCGCAGCAGCCAUCGAAACGAGAAAACGCGGCGCAACCGUGUGGCUUUCCGUGCGACAAGCCGAGCUAGGAGCCCUCAAUCGCAUCGGCGAACUGGACGAAGUCAAAGGAUACCGUCGUGUUAUCGCAGAUCUGACCGAUCCAUCGACUAUUGCAGAAGCUAUCAAGAUAUCGGGUGCGACCGCGGCCUUCUUAUACACA